GCCCCGGCAGGGCCCGAUCCGGCAGUGAAAUCGCCUCCCUGUCCCUACGCGAGAGUCCCGCUUACGCAGCCCGGGAUGGUGUUCGCCCUGUUGGUCACAGCGUCGCCCCGGGAGCUCACGUUCCGCUGAUCAUCCACCCCGCCCCCCAAAUCUGCUUCAGAGUCGCUGCUCCCCAGGAGAGACUCCCCGGGCCCGCGUACGGCUGACGUGCCUUGUCGUGUACGGUGACAUUUAGCUGCAUUCAAACCAUCAUAUUGGGUUGUGAUCCACAUCGCUCUGAACCGGGGACCUGGCCUCUUCCCUCGUUCCCACUCCUUAUUUCCCGCUGAAGUGUUAACAGGGGGAUCCUGCUGCCAUAACGGCAUAGUGGUGUGAGCGGUGGGCUACUACGUCUGAACCGGUAACAGUGGGGUUAGCGGUGGGAUCCUGGCACCAUAACGCCAUAGUGGUGUGAGCUGUGGGAUACUACGUCUGAACCGGUAACAGUGGGGUCAGCGGUGGGAUCCUGGCACCAUAACGCCAUAGUGGUGUGAGCUGUGGGAUACUACGUUUGACCCGGUAACAGUGGGGUCAGCGGUGGGAUCCUGGCACCGUAACGGCAUAGUGGUGUUAGCGGUGGGAUACUAUGUCCCAAGAGGUAAGAGUGGGAUGCUGGCGCUGUAACGGCAUAGUGGUGUCAGCGGUGGGAUACUAUGUCCCAAGAGGUAACAGUGGGAUGCUGGUGCCGUAACGGCUUAGUGGUGUCAGUGGUGGGAUACUAUGUCCCAGGAGGUAAUGGUGGGAUGCUGGUGCCAUAACGGCAUAGUGGUGUCAGUGGUGGGAUACUAUGUCCCAAGAGGUAACGGCGGGAUGCUGGUGCCGUAACGGCACAGUGGUGUGAGCAGUGGGAUACUAUGUCCCAAGAGGUAACAGUGGGAUGCUGGUGCCGUAACGGCAUAGUGGUGCUAGCGGUGGGAUACUAUGUCCCAAGAGGUAACGGUGGGAUGCUGGCGCUGUAACGGCAUAGUGGUGUGAGCGGUGGGAUACUAUGUCCCAAGAGGUAACGGUGGGAUGCUGGUGCCAUAACGGCAUAGUGGUGCUAGCGGUGGGAUACUAUGUCCCAAGAGGUAACGGUGGGAUGCUGGCGCUGUAACGGCAUAGUGGUGUUAGCGGUGGGAUACUAUCUCCCAAGAGGUAACGGUGGGAUGCUGGUGCCGUAAAGGCCACCCUGGUGUUGCGGGGAGGAUGGUUGCAUCGUUUGGUGUGAGGCCGGAGAUGUUGUCACAUGACGUGUUUGCUCUGGGUGUUUCCGAGAGUCGGGCCGAUGAGGCAGCUGAGCCCUGGGUGGUGGUGGCAGGAACCUUGCGCCAUGCGCCCUGGAGCAGCCGGGGGCAGGAUUAACCUAAUUAUAGUCCUGACCCUGUGCCAAGAGAAGGCGAGGCCGACCCCUUUGCACUGCCCACACAAGCCAGAAACCAGCCCAGCCGCCCUCCCCAGGUAUAAAACGCCCCUGCCCCGUGCCAGGAGCUGCACAUUCGCUGCUGGCUCCCUCCGCUCGCCUACCCAGCCAUGGACAGCUCCCUGCACGCCACGCUCGGCCUUGUGCUCGGCUGCUGCCUGUGGGGCGCGUGGGGCCAGGAGAAGAUUGAAGUUCCCAAUGGGGGGAUGUGGGGCACGUGGGGCGAGGAGCAGUCCUGCCCCGGCAACAGCUUCGCCAUUGGGUUCUCCCUGAAGGUGGAGCUGCCCCAGCUCGCCGGGGACGACACGGCGCUGAACGGCAUCCGGCUGCGCUGCUCCGAUGGAAGCACCAUCCAGUCCAACGUGGGGCCGUGGGGCUUGUGGGGCUUAGAGAAGAAAUGCCCCUCGGGGCAGCGGCUGACCCAGUUCCGGCUGCGGGUGGAGCCCUGCCAGGGCCUCAAGGACGACACGGCCGCCAACAACAUCGAGUUCGUCUGCACGGGCGGGGCGGAGCUGAAGGGGGACGGGCGGUGCUGGGGCAAGUGGGGCCCCCAGAGCCGCUCCUGCGGCCCACGGGGCAUCUGCACCAUCGCCACCAAGGUGGAGGCCCCCCAGGGCAAAGGGGACGACACGGCCCUGAACGACGUCUACUUCAGAUGCUGCAGGCCCGAAACCCUGCCCACCACCACAGCUUCGUCUGUUAUUGUUGCUGGUGGGCCCAGACCGCUCCCCACUGCCCCCUAGUCCCUGCUGCUCCCACUCCCCCCGCCCCGAACCCGGCUCCCAGCUGCUCCCCCGCCGGCCCCCGUGCGUGUG